AUGGACGGCGCAAUGGAAAAACCCCAGGCUGGCGGCGAAGUCGAACACCACGAGACGGGCGUCAUGGAGAAAACGUUCAACGACGUGGAGCUGAUUGCGCAAAACAUCCCGUACGGACCGAGUGGUGUGAGGGGGAUAUUAUCAUCCGGGCCCUACAUCCUCUCGGCUGCGUUCUUGGCCUCCAUGGGUGGCUUCUCCUUCGGCUACGAUCAGGGCGUCAUGGGCGUCGUCAACGUGCUCCCACAAUUUCACGCGGUCAUUCCGCGAACGGAGACGGCAUUCGGCAAGGGGCUCAUGACGGGCAUGCUCCUCCUCGGCGCCUUUGUCGGCUGCUGGUUUUACCCGUACAUCUCGGAUCGCUGGUCGAGGAAGAAGGCCCUCCUUUUAAGCUCCAUCAUCUUCAUCAUUGGUGCCAUCAUCCAGACGGCAUCGUACAACUAUGCUACACUCGUUAUCGGACGGACGAUCGGAGGUAUUGGUACCGGAACACUUGCUCUGGGUGCCCCGGUGUAUAUCUCCGAAAUUUCUCCGCCUCAUCUUCGUGGAACUCUCCUUGUCUUGGAAUCCGUCUCCAUCGUCUCCGGCGUCACGAUCGCAUUCUGGAUCGCUUACGCAUGCAAAGACAUCCCUAGCGACGCCUCGUGGCGCGUGCCUUUCGCGCUCCAAAUAAUAUCCGCUCUCCUCCUCGGUAUUAUGAUCCAAUUCUUUCCCUACUCGCCACGCUGGCUCGCAAUGCAGGACAGACAUGAAGCAUGUUUGAAUAGCCUAUGCAAGCUACGGAAGCUUCCGGCCUCGGAUGAGCGUGUCCAGGCUGAGUACGAGGGCAUUCUCACCGAAGUUAAGUUCCAGGCAGCUAUGUUGGAGCGCCACCAUCCCGGUGUUCGCGGGGUCAAAUUAGAAAUCGUACAGUGGCUAGACCUCUUCACCAUCAAGCGGUGGAGGCGCACUGCAGUCGGCGCGGGAGUUGCCUUCUUCCAACAAUUCCAAGGUGUUAACGCAUUCAUCUAUUACGCUCCGACACUCUUCAGAAGCAUUGGUCAAUCAGACGAAAUGUCGCUCGUCCUUUCCGGGAUCUUCAAUGCGCUGCAAAUCGUCGGUGUGUGCAUUGCAUUUGUACUUAUUGACAAAAUCGGCCGGAGACCGCUCGCUAUUAGCGGUGGUUUCGGCAACAUGACUUGUUUCAUUGUUAUCGCCGCGCUUGUAGGCAAAUAUGAAGGCAUCUGGAUGCAGAACACAAGCGCAGGCUGGGCCUGUGUAGCCAUGGCCUUCUUGUUCAUCAUCGUCUUCGGCGCCUCGUACUCUUGUCUCGGAUGGGCUCUCCCGGCUGAAGUAUUUCCCAUCGGUAUUCGCUCCAAGGGUGUCGCAUUCGCGGUUUCCAUCAAUUGGAUCUCAAACUUCAUAGUGGGCGUCGUAACACCACCCAUGAUUGAGAGUCUCGGGUAUGGCACCUACAUCUUCUUUGCCUGCUUCUGCGGCUUGGCGACUAUUUGGGCGUACUUCCUCGUCCCAGAGACUAUGAAUAAGAGCCUUGAGGAAAUGGAUCAAGAGUUUGGAGAUGUUAGUGGGCGUGAAGAGCAAGAGGUCAUGAGACAGAUCAGGGCAACUAACCCAUCCUUGGAAAGUUGA